AUGCAUAACCCUUUUAAACCCUAUCUUUCCCUUAUUCAUGAACAAGAUAUGGAUACUCAAACUACAUCCUCCAUUAUCGAUGAACAUGAAGUUCAAAUUGAAUCCAGUAAAUCUUCUAAUGCACAUGCAAAAAGUAAAGUUUGGGAUUAUUUUAAUAAACCAUAUGGUCCGCUUGGAAGUCGCAAAACAAAAUGUUCUAUUUGUAAGAUUGAAUUUUCAUAUCAUGGUUCACCUUCCUCAUUAAAAUACCAUUUGAAGAAUAAACAUAAAAUUGACAUAUCCACUAAUUUAAGUCAAAUGAAAAGACAAUCCCAACAUAUUCCAAUAAUAUCUCUAGGAUUCUAUCCUACAUCAGUUAAAUUAACACAAAAAAAUUCCAAAGAUUGUGUUCAAUAUCAAGUUCCAGAUGAUAAUAGUGUUGAAACAGAAGUUUCUAAAUUCAAAAUUCGAUGUGAAACUAAAUAUCAACAAAAUAAUAAAGUAAGAUUUACUAUAAUAUGGAAAGAAAAUAAUUCAGAAUGGACCAAUCAGCCAAUUGUGCACCUACGAAAAAUUGAAUUAGAUUUUAAUGGUGAAUCUAUAAUCUUAAAUUAUAAAUCACCUAACAAAAAGAAUAAACUUAAUAAAAUAAAUUCUAUAGUAAGAGCUUGUGACAAAUCUUUAUUAGCACGAGAUGGAUAUCGUCAACUUGCUGCAAUCGAACCAUAUAAAAAUGAAAAUUUAUUUAAUAAUUUCGAAAAUUUUGAAAAAUCAAAUGAAGAUAUAAUAAUUAAUGAUGUAGAAAUUGGUAAUGGGGUGUAUAGGUCCAUUAAUACAUUAUUAAAAAUUUUAAUUCCUAUCUGGAAACAAAAAACUCCUGCAAUUAUCAAAUCCAAGGAUAUACCUAAACUUAAAUUAGGAGGGGAUGGUCGUAAUGUGGGUCGCAAACAGAGUCAAGUUAUGAUGACUAUUUUUUUAUUAAAUGAAAGUGAUGAAGUCUUGAAGCCAAAGAAUCAAUAUUGA